AGCACGGCUCAAUUCGACACGUAACGUCUUGGUCGCCUCAACUCAUGUCGUAACCGCGUCUAUUCUCUCCCCAUCCGUCUCUCCCUUCGCCAAUGGUCACAACACGCCGCAGCGCUGCCGCCGCAGAGAUGGGAGGAGACGGCCUGCCUCCACGGAAGCCGUCUCCGGCUCGAAACUCGCGACCGCCGACCGGGGCGACGACCACAACGACGACGAAGAGGAUGACACGCACGCCGGCCUGGCUGCCCACGCCGCUCGAGCGGGUGGUCCUCGCAGUCUUCCCGCUUAUACUGGUAUUUGGCACCGUCUUCGCCGUGCUGUCGCCCGAGACGCGCGCCGCGGCGUACGACCCGGUGUUGCAGGCCCACGCGCAGGACCCGGGCGCGGCGCCGAGCUACUUUGCGCGCAAGUCCAAUGUGGUCAACGUGGUGUUCGUGAAGCGCGGCUGGGGGUGGACGACGUUUGCCUUUGUGUUUUUCCUGCUGACGCACCCGAGCGGUGGACCGACGGCGAUGGAGCUCACGGUGCGGAGGAUGCGGGCGGGGGCGCGGUGGGCGCUCGUCACGGGGUGGUGGUUCCUCGUCACGCAGUGGUGCUUCGGCGCGCCGCUCAUUGACCGCGGGUUCCGGUGGACGGGCGGGCAGUGCGAGAUGGUGGAGCGCCAGGUGGAGGCGGGGACGGCGCGCGCCGGCGAGGUCAUCACGGCCGUGGCGUGUAAGGCGGCGGGCGGCCGGUGGCGCGGCGGGCACGACAUCUCGGGCCACGUGUUCCUGCUCGUGCUGGGGACGGUAUUUCUACUACAGGAGGUGGGCUGGCCGGUCCUGAGGUGGAGUGGACGCGCGCGCGAGGAGCGGUGCGUGGUGAUGGGCGACGGGGCACUCAAGAGCGCGGGCGUCGAGGCCGAGGAGGCGCCCGGCGGCGGCCGUGGCGGCGGCGAGGAGGAGGACGACCAGACGCUGAUGCAGCAGCUCGGCGCGGGGGGCAAGACGGCCGCGGCAGUGGCGGGGCUGAACCUCUGGAUGCUGCUGAUGACGGCGAUUUACUUUCACACGUGGUUUGAAAAGUUGACGGGUCUGUUGACGGCGCUCAUCGGGGCGUACGCCGUGUACUACGUGCCGAGAUUUGUGCCGGCGGUGCGAUCCAUUGUCGGCAUGCCGGGGAUUUGAGUCGAGGGAC